AAUCAGAAACGCGCUUCUGGAAUGAAGCCACAAGUCAACUUGUUAUCCUAUUUCCUCGACGUCAAAACGGAACGUCAAACAAAGGGGAGACAGCAAAUCGUCACUUUAAGACAAUCGCCGCCAUUAUACCACCGAAGAAGGGUAUCCCGCCCUCGGUCUUAAGGGCCAUGGAGACUACGUCAGUGUACAUGUGCUUCCCCUGCUACAAGGAGUUCAGCACUCUGGAGGAAGUGCUCAAGCACCAGUUAACGUGCACAGCAGAGGAGGACCAGACGGACCCAUCUGGAACCACCCCUGUCAUUGUUCCGGUGCUCCAGACGCAGACACAGCUAACACAGGAGACUGCAGUCCCACAGAUCCAAGUCGAAUUAGAGCCGCCCCCCGAAGAGCCUGUUGACGAUGUAGUCCAGGAGACAAUGGUCACUAUGCAAACCGAGGGCAGCGAAGACCAGGCGACAGACCAGCCUAGAAUUCUCUACCAGUGCGGGGACUGCGAGGAGCUCUUCAAAAGUCUCGACCUGUGGCAGAGUCACCGCAAAGAAGGUGCCUGUUUAAAGGUUGCUGUUGAAAGCCAGUUGACUCCCGAGCCUCAGUCUGAACUUCAGAUGAAUUCGGUUUCCAGUUUACAAACCGAUGAGGCUGUCUCACAGGGCGACGUCGACAAUCGCACGCCCGAACAAGCAGAGGAACUGAGAGUAAAGGAGGAACAGCUGCAAGAACUUGAAAAGAGUUCUUCUUCGACCCAGAAUUCUGAGCCAUCAGCACCUGAUGUGACACAGGAAGAGUCACCUAGGAGGAGAGGGACGGUAAAAAAGCCCAAGCCUGAGCCCGUGCUCCUAUGUGUGGACUGUGGCUCCUGCUUUGGCCUCGUGUCUGAACUUGUGGCCCACCGCAAGACACAUGGCUUUGAGGAGGCCCUUCACCACUGCACUGUGUGCGGGGAGAGCUUUCUCAAUACUACCCUCUUCCUCUACCAUCGCAAGCAGCACCGGCAGAAGGGCGAAGGAAGUGCGACAGUGGCGACGACCAAAGUGGAAAAUCUGUGCGAGCCGAGCAGCGCGUCAGACGAGCAGGACCAAGCAGGAACUCCGUCAGCCUCCUCCGUACACCAAGCAGAGUUGUUCCUCUGCAUCCAGUGCGGGGCGAGCUUCAAAGAUGCCACCGAGCUAACCACGCAUCGCAAGGCGAAGCACGAUCUACACACACCGCUUCACAGUUGCGCUUACUGCGACCAGACCUUCAUGAACACCACCCAGUACUUGUACCAUCGAAGGCAACACCGAGUCAUGGAAUUUGGGCCUAUCGACGAAGUGGACACGGGCGAUGAAAUGGCCACCUCUAUGGAUGCGCCGCAGAGCUCAAAGCGUCCCCUCUCCUCACCUUCUGCGAAUCAGUUGGAUGCACCGUCUGCUAAGAGAAGCAGGCCGAUUUUCAGGAUCGUGAGCAAAGGAAACAAGGAUUUAGGUUUAAAUCAGGAAAUGGAGGGUGGAGCUUUAGUGGCCCCGGACACGGCAAACCUCCCUCCGCCAGCCAAAUUGCUGCAGGACUGGUCCCGCACAGCUCUGCCGCACGUGUGCCCAUACUGCGGCAAAACCUUCACCCGACGUGUCUUUCUGCGCACACACGUCUAUAGUCACACAGGAGAAAAGCUCUUCACUUGCAAGGUGUGUUCAAAGUCCUUCACCAACUCGCAGAGCCUGCUGCGUCAUACCAUGAACCACUCUGGCAACAAGCCAUUCUGCUGCAACGUGUGCGGCAAGAACUUCGCCCAGGCGGCAACCCUAAAGAGGCACCAACUCAUUCACACGUCGGAGCAGCCUCGCCGCAAGCGUGGACGCAAACCGGUGGUUGACAUGGACACAGACGGAGGAGAUGCUCCUUUCUCAUGCCCCCUCUGCCCUUCACACUUCAACACUGAGGAUCAGCUGUAUCAUCACAAGCUUCUCCACACCAGCCACCCGUUUCCCUGCCCAGAUUGCGGAGAAGCGUUCAGCCGCAGAAAGGACCUCGACCUGCACUCUCUCACUCAUCAAGACAAGCAGCCCGUCACCUGCCCUCACUGCUCAUCAGCGUUUAUAAACCAGGCUGUGCUGGACAUCCACCUGCAGCGCUGCCCCACCUCUGCGGAGGAGAGGAACACCGGCCGUGGGCGGGGCCAGGGCAGAGGUCGCUCUACUGGACAGAUGGAGUGCGACCUGUGCGGCCACCGCUGCAUGACCCAGGAGAGCCUCGACCUCCACCGCCUGUCCCACACCGGCCAGACGCCGCUCAAAUGCCCGGUGAGGCCUUGCCGGCGCCGCUUCAUCUCAAACAAGGCACUGGAGGAGCAUGUGGUGGCCCACUUCCAAGGCAAGCUGGGGAAGUCCAAAAGCCAGGUCCGCUUCGAGUGUCAGAUUUGCCAGAAGGGAUUCGCCUACAACUCCACCUUCCAAGUUCACAUGAGGACCCAUACGAACGAGAGGCCCUUCGAGUGCACCACCUGUGGCAAAAGCUUCCGCCAGCUGCCCCACCUACAGGACCACGAGCGCAUCCACAGCGGCGUGCGGCCUUUCUGCUGCUGGAUCUGCGGCAAGAGCUUCAGCGUGGCGGCCCGCCUCACCGAGCACGCCCGCACCCACAGUGGCGAGAAGCCCUACGCCUGCCCACAUUGCCCCGCUGCCUUCCGCUCCCGCUCCAACCUGGACAAACACAUCCGCCAGCACGGUGACCUCCCGGCGGAGGCCGCGGAGCAGCUGGCCAACGCCACCCAACAGGCACAGGUCCAGAAGGUUCUGGAAGGUGCCAAAGUGCUCUCUUCCAUGGCUGCCACCGGGGUGGAAGUGGACAGUGGCAGUGUCCAGACCAUAUAUGUGCUGCAGGCGAGCGAGGGGGGCGGCGAGGCGAUCAUGAUCCCGGCCGAGGAGCUCAGCGGCAUUGAGGGCGCAUCGCAGAUGGUCAUCCUGCCUUCGUCGAUGCUGGGGACGCAGGGCAUCAGCCUGCCCACCAUCACCAUGGACGGCGGCGAGAUCACCAUGGUGGAAGCGACGCAGUCCCCGCAGCACGCCAUCGAGUUCAUCGUGGAGGAGACGAUAUGAGCGCAGGUGGUGUCAAAGAAAUCUCUGGCCUUUUUUGCAUUUUAAAACCCAAACGUCUUUAGAUUGCACCUUUACACAUCAGAGUCUCAAUUGUACAGCCGGGCUUUCAUGAGGGAAGACCACCUCAUAAAGUGUCCCCUGUUUUUCCCUUCCAAUAAAACUCCUCAGCAGCUCCUCAGGAGCCUUUACUGCUGUCACUUGCCUCUUCUGGCUAACCACUGUGGAGAGAAAUAGCACCCAGCUCAACGGCAGUCCAAGUCAGAGCGCAUCCUCCAUCACCCCCCUCUUACUGUCACUUGCUAGCGGAGGAGUGUGUGAAGUAGUGUGUACCGUAUAGAUCAGCAAUCAUUUGGCGGACAUUGUUAUCGAUUGUUUUUGUCCUCUUAAUUAAAUAAAUUAUAUUAUUAUAAAACCAUGCACGCUACAUUUGUGAUGAUUUGUGCUACAUAAUGCAGUGGCAUUGAGUUUGAUGAAAUUAUCCAGCACUUGCUGCCAUUCCAAAUCAUAAAUAAUGAUUCUAUUUGCAGCCCCCCCAUGGCAAGCAGCGUAAUACAAGUUUUGCCUCCACUGCGGUGGCCCAUUACGGGUUUCCCAAGCUAAGAGUUUAUGGAUGUCUCCCACCCAGUGAUUGCUGACGGGGUGGAGGGGGUGUGAGCACGAGCACACACAAGCGAGCAACCAAAGAGACCCACUCUGUCUUGGUUUGUCUCCAUGUCAUGGAUGCUGAUGAUAGUGAGAGAAAUUGAAAUGGCAGCAACAUGCCUACGAAUUGGCCUCCUGAGGUGCAAAAACAAUCGCAUGUUGGAAAUGUAUCUCUUCUGUAUUCUACUAUUUGUGACAAACGCUAAUAAGCAAAUGCAGUAUAUCUUGUAAAGAUAAAUUCUUCUCUUGGGACGGACAAGUCAUCAAUGAUCACGCUAUUAAAAUGGUUUUCAAAUUGUAUUAAAAAUAAGAGCAAUAUAUUUGGUGAGGGCAUUGAACUCUCAUCAAAUGAGGAAAAUCGACGAAGUAGCUCAGAAUUAAAGCAGACAGAAUCUCUAUAGCAGUUGCGGUGCCUCUUUAGAAAGUGAAACUUAAGCUUUUGUAUGCCUGGAAAGUUAAGUUUGUGUGAGAAAGUGGCUUGAACUGGUUCUAACUAUAUGAAUAGUGUGUCUGUUUACCUUCUCAGUCAUUUUCCACAGCUUGCCUGUGUGUGUGUGUGUGCGUGUGCGUGUGUGUGUAUGCGUGUCAAGAAGGCCUUGUGAGAAGCUAUUAGGCUUAUAAUACACUCGCUGAUUGUAAAGGUAUAAUAAUAUCUUCAAAACUGACACUCUGAUGGAGGAAUGUUUAUCAUGAUUUGUUUUUAAAAUUGCUUAAAAACAAGGCAACAAACACAAAAAAAAAUAAUAAUGGAUGUGCGUUGCUUUGUUUCUACAAUGUCUUGUCACACUGCGUUCAAUGUACCUUGAAAUGACGCAGCGUCUCCUGGAGUCAAUAUUAAUGUGUGAUGGCUUUUAUUUGCACUUUUGUGUUUGUUGUCAGGUGCCAAAUAUGCUAGUUUGUCACCCAAUAAAAAUGCUCCUCCACCUGUAAAGCUGGAUGGAGAGCGUAAUAGCUACUGGCAAACAAUUCCCACCUACUCCCAAGCAGUAAUAUGGGUAAUGAGGAAAUGAAUAUCUGUAAAUAAACGGCAUGAUGGCGGGGGAAUAACAGUAAGAUGAAACUUCCCCAUUAAAAUGUCAUAGCGUGUAUUUAUCAUAGUUUUAAUAAAUGAUGAGAUGCAGGCUCUACAAACUUAUUAUUCAUCAUUCUUCAUAAAUGUUUUUUUUUAACACACCUUGUAUUUUUCCCCAAGUUAUCGAUCAGUUUUAGCCAUCUAUUAUGAAAAAAAUAUAUGUACUGUAUAAAGAUGCUUUUACUUGAUUUGUGGGCUUGUAGACACGCUAUUGUGCCCUUUUGUUUGCACUUGUUCAAUGUAAUGGAUGCCACAUAUUGCAUGCCAUGUAGCGUUACUGAGUGGGACAGGAGGACACAGACGCUAUGUGAAGCUACAGUGCUAACAUUUAAAUAGCAACCUCAUGCUCGGUCAGCCUAUUCGCUAAAGAAAACCUAACCUCCCUCUCACACUUCGUCAGAAUCAACAUGUAUCAAGUAGAACCAGCCAGAAUGAAACAUUUUCAAAAUCUGCAGUAUUCGGGAUAAAAUUACUUCAUAUGAAUGCCGUUCAAAUACUUACAUGACGUUUCGACCCCGUCUCCAAUCAUUUUUGCACAUUUGACUCCAUUGGAGUUGAAAAACAGUAGAAAUAUUCAAGGCGACUUGUUAUGCCCCUUUUCUGACCUAGCAUAAAUGUUGUGUAAAUGCUGUAUUUUCAUGUUAAAUGAUGCCAAAGUGCUGAAGAGUCAGAAGACCAAUAAGUAACAAUUUAUCAGUGUCAUAACUGUGUUUACUUUGCAUAAAUAGUCGAACACAAUCGUCUCGGCAGCUGCCAGGAAGUCCUCGGGAGUGCCUGGGAGUGUGACCAAUCACAGCAGAGGGGGC